AUGGCCUCGGCGGCUAGCGCUGCCCGGCCCCUGGAGCGCGGCGGCGGCGGCGGCAGCAGCGGCAGCAGCAGCCAGGCCCCCGGCCGGCCGGCGGGCGGCAGCGGGCGACGCAGAAGGACCGCGGGGGUGCGCCUCGGUGCCGCCGCCGCCGCCGCCGCCGCGCUGGACCCGGACUAUCUGCACCGGCCCAGCUACUGCGACGCCGCCUUCGCUCUGCAGCAGAUUUCCAAGGGGAAGGCCACUGGCCGGAAAGCGCCGCUGUGGCUGAGAGCGAAGUUUCAGAGACUCUUAUUUAACCUGGGCUGCUACAUUCAGAGGAACUGCGGCAAGUUCCUGGUGGUGGGCCUCCUGAUCUUCGGGGCCUUCGCCGUGGGGCUGAAGGCGGCGAAUCUGGAGACCAACGUGGAGGAGCUGUGGGUGGAAGUUGGUGGACGAGUGAGUCGAGAAUUAAAUUACACUCGCCAGAAGAUUGGAGAAGAGGCAAUGUUCAAUCCUCAACUCAUGAUUCAAACUCCAAAAGAGGAAGGUGCCAACAUUCUGACGACGGAGGCACUUCAGCAGCACCUGGACUCAGCACUCCAGGCCAGCAGGGUCCAUGUAUAUAUGUACAACAGGCAAUGGAAAUUGGAACAUUUGUGUUACAAAUCUGGAGAACUUAUCACAGAGACAGGCUACAUGGAUCAGAUAAUAGAAUAUCUUUACCCUUGCCUAAUUAUUACACCUUUGGACUGCUUUUGGGAGGGUGCAAAGCUACAAUCUGGGACAGCAUAUUUACUAGGUAAGCCCCCUUUGCAGUGGACAAACUUUGACCCCUUGGAAUUCCUGGAAGAGUUAAAGAAAAUAAAUUAUCAAGUGGACAGCUGGGAAGAAAUGCUGAAUAAGGCUGAAGUUGGUCAUGGUUACAUGGACCGGCCCUGUCUCAAUCCGACUGAUCCAGACUGUCCAGCCACAGCUCCCAACAAAAACACAACCAAACCCCUUGAUAUGGCUGUUGUUUUGAAUGGUGGAUGUCAUGGAUUAUCCAGAAAGUAUAUGCACUGGCAGGAGGAACUGAUUGUGGGUGGCACUGUCAAGAACAGCGCUGGAAAGCUGGUCAGAGCCCAGGCCCUGCAAACCAUGUUUCAGCUCAUGACCCCCAAGCAGAUGUAUGAACAUUUCAAGGGCUAUGAUUCCGUCUCACACAUCAACUGGAAUGAGGACAAGGCAGCUGCCAUCCUGGAGGCGUGGCAGAGGACAUACAUGGAGGUGGUUCACCAAAGUGUCGCCCCAAACUCCACACAGAAGGUGCUGUCCUUCACCACCACAACCCUUGACGACAUCCUGGAGUCCUUCUCCGACGUCAGCGUUAUCCGCGUGGCCAGCGGCUACUUGCUGAUGCUUGCCUAUGCCUGUCUAACCAUGCUGCGCUGGGACUGCUCCAAGUCCCAGGGUGCCGUGGGGCUGGCAGGCGUCCUGUUGGUUGCACUGUCAGUGGCUGCAGGACUGGGCCUGUGCUCAUUGAUCGGGAUUUCCUUUAAUGCUGCAACAACUCAGGUCUUGCCAUUUCUUGCUCUUGGCGUUGGUGUAGAUGAUGUUUUUCUUCUGGCACAUGCAUUUAGUGAAACAGGACAGAAUAAAAGAAUCCCUUUUGAGGACAGAACCGGGGAAUGCCUCAAGCGCACAGGAGCCAGCGUAGCCCUCACAUCUAUCAGCAAUGUCACUGCCUUCUUCAUGGCUGCACUGAUCCCCAUCCCUGCACUCCGGGCCUUCUCCCUCCAGGCGGCUGUGGUUGUGGUGUUCAAUUUUGCUAUGGUUCUACUCAUUUUUCCUGCCAUUCUCAGCAUGGAUUUGUAUCGACGUGAGGACAGAAGAUUGGAUAUUUUCUGCUGUUUUACAAGCCCCUGCGUCAACAGGGUGAUUCAGGUGGAGCCUCAGGCCUACACAGAGACGCAGGAGAGCAACUGCUAUCCACCUCCACCCCCGUAUAGUAGUCACAGCUUUGCACAUGAGACACAGAUCACCAUGCAGUCAACUGUGCAGCUGCGCACCGAGUAUGACCCCCGCACGCAUGUGUACUACACCACAGCUGAGCCAUGCUCCGAGAUCUCUGUGCAGCCCGUCACCCUCACACAGGACACACUCAGCUGCCAGAGCCCCGAGAGCACUAGCUCUACUCGGGACCUUCUGUCCCAGUGCUCGGACGCCAGCCUGCACUGCCUGGAGCCGCCCUGCACCAAGUGGACUCUCUCCUCCUUCGCUGAGAAGCACUAUGCCCCUUUCCUUCUGAAACCAAAGGCCAAGGUGGUGGUGAUCUUCCUUUUUCUGGGCUUGCUGAGUGUCAGCCUUUACGGAACCACCAGAGUUCGAGAUGGGCUGGACCUCACUGAUAUCGUGCCCCGAGAGACCAGAGAGUAUGAUUUUAUUGCUGCACAAUUCAGAUACUUUUCUUUCUACAACAUGUAUAUAGUCACCCAAAAAGCUGACUACCCGAACAUCCAGCACUUGCUCUAUGAUCUUCACAAGAGCUUCAGUGAUGUGAAGUACGUCAUGCUGGAAGAAGAUAAACAGCUCCCCAAAAUGUGGCUGCACUACUUCAGAGACUGGCUGCAGGGACUUCAGGAUGCAUUUGACAGUGACUGGGAAACUGGGAAAAUUAUGCCGAACAAUUACAAAAAUGGAUCAGAUGACGGGGUCCUUGCCUACAAACUCCUGGUGCAAACUGGCAGCCGUGAUAAGCCCAUCGACACCAGUCAGUUGACGAAGCAGCGCCUGGUGGACGCAAAUGGUAUCAUUAAUCCCAGUGCUUUCUACAUCUACCUGACUGCAUGGGUCAGCAACGACCCUGUGGCCUACGCUGCCUCCCAGGCCAACAUCCGGCCUCACCGCCCAGAGUGGGUCCAUGACAAAGCUGACUACAUGCCAGAGACCAGGCUGAGAAUCCCAGCAGCAGAGCCCAUCGAGUAUGCCCAGUUCCCUUUCUACCUCAAUGGCUUGCGUGACACCUCAGACUUUGUAGAAGCGAUUGAGAAAGUCCGAACCAUCUGCAACAACUACACAAGCCUGGGGCUGUCCAGCUACCCCAAUGGCUACCCCUUCCUCUUCUGGGAACAGUACAUCGGCCUCCGCCACUGGCUUCUUCUGUCCAUCAGCGUGGUGCUGGCCUGCACAUUUCUGGUCUGUGCAGUCUUCCUCCUGAACCCCUGGACAGCUGGAAUCAUUGUGACAGUCCUGGCGCUGAUGACAGUGGAGCUCUUUGGCAUGAUGGGCCUCAUCGGAAUCAAGCUGAGUGCCGUGCCCGUUGUUAUCCUCGUUGCUUCCGUUGGCAUUGGAGUGGAAUUCACCGUGCAUGUGGCCCUGGCCUUCCUAACAGCCAUUGGUGACAAGAAUUGCAGGGCCAUGCUUGCCCUAGAGCACAUGUUUGCACCUGUCCUCGAUGGGGCCGUCUCUACUCUGCUGGGAGUGCUCAUGCUUGCUGGCUCAGAGUUUGACUUCAUUGUCAGGUAUUUCUUUGCUGUCCUCGCCAUCCUGACGAUCCUGGGUGUUCUUAAUGGACUGGUUUUACUUCCAGUCCUUUUGUCCUUCUUUGGACCAUAUCCUGAGGUGUCUCCAGCAAGUGGACUGAAUCGGCUCCCUACCCCAUCCCCAGAGCCGCCCGCCAGCAUGGUCCGGUUUGCUGUGCCCCCAGGUCAUGCCCACACAGGUUCUGAUUCCUCAGACUCUGAGUACAGCUCUCAGACCACAGUGUCAGGCAUCAGUGAAGAGCUUCGACAGCACCAGAUGCAGCAGGACACUAGGUGCCCAACCCACCAAGUGAUUGUAGAAGCCACAGAAAACCCCGUCUUUGCCCGCUCCACCGUGGUCCAUCCCGAAGGAAGGCAGCGCACGCUCCCCAACCCUGCACCUCACGCCCCCCUGGACUCAGGAGUUCCACCACCUGGACGAACAGGCCAGCAUCCCCGGAGGGAGCCCCCCCAGGAAGGCUUACGUCCUCCCCCUUACCAGCCACGAAGAGACGCUUUUGAGAUUCCUCCUGAGAGGUCUUCAGCCCCAGGCCCCCAGGGAGCCCGUUCCCACAGUACUCGGCACCCAGCAUUCACUGCCAGGGGUAGCAACAUGCCUGGCUACUGCCAGCCCAUCACCACGGUGACAGCCUCAGCAUCUGUGACAGUGGCUGUGCACCCACCCGGCCCUGUGCCUGGGUCCAGCUGGAAGCCCCGAGGGGGGCUUUGUACCAGCUACGAGGACUACCCUGAAGCUGGCCCUGGGCUUUUCGACGACCCUCAUGUGCCUUUGAAUGUACGCUGUGAGAGGAGGACUUCUAAGAUCGAAGUCAUCGAGCUGCAGGAUGUGGAGUGUGAGGAGACGGCCCGGGGCAGCAGCUCCAGCUGAGGUUGAGUAAAAUUGGAAGCAAAGAGGCCAAAGAUGGGAAGUCCCUCCCCCACCUCCUUCCAGAACUGCUUGAAGAGAAGCGUUGGGAGUUCGUGCCCAUCUGGCUGCACCAGAAGAGCAGUGUAUUGUUACUGUAACCAAUUGUAUCAUUUUGUGAGAUAUUUCUAUAAAUAUUUAAGAGGUGUACACAUCUGUAAUAUAGGAGUGAUGUAAAGUAGUGGGGCCCCUCCCUGUUUGUACAGUGGUCGAGUGCCACAACCAAGCUUAAUUUACUCGUAAAUUUCAGCAUAUGUUGCUGCUGCUUAAAUAUUGUAUAAUUUACCUGUAUAAUUCUAUGCAAAUAUUGCUUAUGUAAUAGGAUUCUUUUGUAAAGGAUUUUUUUUUUUGGUUUAAAAUAUUUUAAAUUUGCAUAUCACAACCUGUGGUAGUCUGAAAUGUUACUCUUAACUUCCAAACACGCUAUGCGUGAUAAUUUUGUGGUUUUUUUAAUGAGCAGACAUGAAGAAAGCAUGUUAAUCCCAGUGGCUUUUCUAGGUAUAGUCCCAGGCAAUUCUCCUACUUGGCUACGUGUGUAGACAUGUGUGUGACUUCCCAGUGUUACUGUAAUGUGAUUUUCAUUUUUGCUUUUGCUUUUCACUUUUGUGACCUUUGCAGGAUUGUGACCUUGUCAGGCAGGAGGAAUCUGGAUUUCUUGAUGGCUUUGUUAGAGGGCUUGCCCUCAGCAGCGCUUUCUCCUUUUGUCAGACCCCCUUCGAAUCCAGAUCAUCUCUCAGAAUCACUGCCAUCUAGUACCCACCUUUUGCCUCAGAAGAUAGUUCCUUCUCUUGGGUCUUUGUAGUGGCCAUUGGAACCUCAGGGUAUAGAUGUCUUUUUUGUUGUGUAGUGGAGAGUUCAGUCAUGCUUAGCUGUGAUGCCGAGCCAGGCUGUGAGCUGAGUGAAUACUGAGUGAAGUAGUCAACCCUCACUGUACCUUCUUCAUGACUGAUAUGCCCAGACACUCCACACUACCCCGUUCUACCACCAGGUCUCAGAGUGGGUUGGGAAUAGUUUGGAGACAAUGAUGCUGCCUUAGGUAGACAUCCUGGUUUCAUAGGUGAUGUUCUAGUCCCUUUUCUUGAAAUCUCCCUUCUUUGAAUUGCAUAAUUGGUGAGACUUUCUGGAUUUGUUUUCAAUUUCUUUAAAAAUGAAUAACGGGACUCCAGCAUGGUGAGUGGGAGCUGGAAGUUGUCCUAGAGUGAGCCCCAGAGGCCACUUCCAGCACAUGUACAUGCUUGGUGCGGUCUGCACCAUCUUGCUAAGUUAGCCUCCCUCCCUUUGUUUCUUACCUUCCCAUGUGAGCUGAUCUCAGAGCAGAGAGAGAGUUCACUGCACACUUUCAGAGGGCCAACGAGAAUGUGGAGGUAGAUCUCACAACCAGGAUUUUUUUGGUGAUAUUUUUACAUUUUGCUUCUUAAUCUUAAAACAUCUUGCUCUAAGGCUUGGACUCACUCACCUCUUGGCCAGAGACCAGCUUUCCAGGAAGCUCUUGGCAAGUAGAGUAAGCUACUGUUGAGCACAUAGGACAGCCCCAUGGAAAAUAUAUGUCACAUAGAAAAUUGUUAUGAAAAGGCUUCAGUCCCCAAAAUUUCUCACAGCACAGUGACCUCAGAACCUGUGACUCACCAGCACUGUAAGAUGCUCAUUGAAUCCAACAUGGUGUGUGUUCACAUGCCAGCCCCUGGUGUCUGCUACUGCAGGUGCCUGUCAGCCCUGCUGCUGUUCUCCACAGCAUCCAGCUCUGCUCAGAAAACAUAGGUCUGUAUUCAGGGGUGAGGUGACACAGGCUCCGAGACCACCUCUCUGUCUUGGCUCUGACUCAUUCACUCUUCUUCUGAGCUCGGAGCCUGUGGUGCUCCAUUGUUUGCUUUCAACAGGAGUCAUAGCAGCCCAGGGAGAAUUUGGGGACUUGGCAGGCAACUAAAAUCUCUUUCUUAAAUAGUUGUAUUGUGUCUGUCUUGUUUAUUUGGAUGUCUUAAUUUUUUUUUAAAUUUGUUGCUGAUAUUUAUAAUUUUGUAUCAUAAGAAUGUUUUCCUACAGUAUUUGUCAUGCCAGUUUAUAACAAAAAUGCAGGGAUUUUAUUUCUAUUGGAAACACUUUUACAACUAUGUUUUGAACAGAAGUUUUAUUUGUAUAGAGUGCUUACUAAUGUUAAAUAGUUCAGAGUAUAUAACAUUUCCAUUAAGUACUCAUGGUAGGAUUUAGUGUAGGAGUUUAAAGGAAAUCAAACUGGGUCUCAUUGUCUGCCGUAUUUGGCGGAAAUGGGUUUGUAUCAUUUCAGUUACAAAGAUAAAAGUAUGCCAUAUAAUUUAUUUAUAUGAAAAUUUAUUUUUGUAGUGUACAUAGUAGUCAUCAAGUCUUUUGACAGAAGUAUAUUUUUAAAGAAUUUAUAUGUGAUGAAUCCAUAAUGUCUGGAAUUUUGCUGAGACAUGCAUGGGGCGGCACGCUUUUCAUUGUCAAGUACAUCAAGAGAAAGAAAAUGUCUAACAGUGUUAAGAGAGUAUGAUCGAGUGAAUAUUCAUGCGAUUAUAAAAUGUCUAUUAGUUACCAUUCGUGACCUAGUGUGGUUCUUAUUUUAAAACUUGGAAAGCAGAAAUGUACAAACUCUCUGAAUAUUAAUGUUUAAACACUGAUAGAAAUUCUAACAUGAAUAAAAAAUAAUAUAA